ACGGUGUCUUAGUAUCAGUUGCAGAAAGGAAAAAAAUGUCAUUUCCUGGCAUAAUAAUAACCUUUAAAGGCCAAAACCUCCUGCAGCUGGGAUUUUCAGAGCAGCGCAUCAGUUAUUCCACUAGCUUUUCUCCAGAAAAAUGUUCAAUACAGUUGAUAGAAGUUUUUCUUAAAUAAGAGCUACUUUUUUUAACCAAAAGAUGAGAAAAUUAUAAACCGACAAGCUUGGGUUUUCAAAACAUGCAAAGAGUUUCUCCCAUUAAGCAAAUGAAGUUUUAAUACAGAUUUUAAUGGGAGAACUCAUAUUCUGCUGAGUGCUUUCAUGAAUCUCCCUCAGAACUGUCGUGCACUUUCUACUAUGAUAAAUAAGUCAAAAAAUACCCUCUGCCUACUGAGUGGCUGUGAUGUGUUAUUUACUGACAGCUUUCAAAUAACAAAAUGAUUCACCAUUUAAAUAUUGAGGGUACAUUUGUCUUCAACUUAUCUGCAUUAAUCCUUUUGUUAAUAAACCAAUUAGCAUACCAGCUUAGAAAAUUCCUCCGAACACAAAUUUCUAUGGCACAGGCAUUUAUUUGAACUGUAAACAGAAGCUGAGGGUUGCUAUGGUGUGAUCUUUUGCUCAAAGUCUAUUUACUUCUCCAGGCUAACAACAGCACCAAUAGCAGAGCCCAUAAAACAAAGUAUAAAGUACACACCAUGGCGCUGAGAAGUCCUUAUUCUAAAGAAGUGAACUUGAACACUCACCAUAAACAAAGGUCUUGGCAAGCAGCAACAACACCUCUGGGGCAAGCAGCCUCAGCUCCAUCCCUGUCUCGUGGCAGCACCCAGCCUGGAAGACCUGUACUUGCACAAACAGCUGGUCGGAGCAGGGCAGGUGAGCAGGCAGCACUGCAGCAGGACCAGGUCCAACAGGAUAAGAUCUGGAGGGAGUCUGUGGAGGCUGAACAGAGAGGAAGAAAAAUCUGGUACCAGAACUGGAGUUUCCUAAAGGACUAUGACCAAAUGGGUAAGAAAAAGGAACAGAAGCCACUGCCAGAUUAUAUAUCUGUGUUUUCAAACAAAGUUCCCAACUCCACCAACCAGAACAUUGGCAGCAGAAUGAAUACUGAACUUGGCAAGAUGCUGGUAAACAUGGAUUACUUCUUCAGCAGUGGAGCACGAAAGAGGAAACUUGAGGAUGACCUCCAGCCUUCCUAAUGCUUCAAGUAAAAAUACUAGUAACAAAGCAAGUCAAAGAGAUAUACCUAGCAGACCUCUUUCAGACUCCACAACACUGAAAUUUGCAGGAAACAAAAUCAUUUUUUUUUUUUUCUCUCUCAGAGAGACCAGAAGUACUGUCUAGCAUGGAACUUUUUCAAGAACUAAGAUGGAUGUCAUUCAACAAUGCCUAAAGAGAAUAUCCUCUUCAGACCUGGGGUAACUCAGCCAUAUACAGGGAAUCAGGACCAUAGAUCUCAUCCUUCUUCCCAUGCAAGCCGACAAUAACAUUGCUACUAACAUCAGAAAGAGUAAGAUUAGAGCCAAAGGGCUCUUCUGAACCUCUUCCUGAAUUUUUACCUCCUGAAAAGAAACAAUCAACAGAGACCAGCUCAGAUGAGUCACAGCAUAAGCAACAUACUUCAAAUUCUGAAAGCCCAGGCAAUAAAACACAGCAAGCUGUUACAUUUCAUGUAUUUACCCAAGGAUUCGUCAGCCUGCCACUUGCAUGUUUAAGCUUGCUCUAAAGAGUAACAUUUAAGUCAUGUAAGAUGUGUUCUGUGCUUUUUCAACUCUCCCUGCCGAGGGAGGGAGAUCAUUUUUUUUUUUUUUUCCUUGUUUAGCUGAUGGAAACUCAGUGACCAGGAAGCAGGCUUUUACAUUUUGCUCUGAAGGCAUGCUGCUCAGCAACCUGCCUCACACUCUUUUGAUCAUCAGUCUUGAUUUUAGCAGGUUUGUAGUUCCUAAAAUCUGUGGUUGCCCAGGGAAACCACUAUCUAAAUCGACAAACUACCUAAAGCCUGCUCACUAGUGCAUCUUCCUGACACAAAUGCAAUUGUUUUGCAGUGAAAAAAACAGCAAUCAGCAGAACAUGGGGAACAUACAUGCAAAAUCUGCCUUCGCAGGGUGCAUGAAGCUUCUGUAGGACCACGUUCAACCCUUCAUACGUGGAGUCCAACACAGAAACCACUAGCAUUGCCCUGAUACAACAGGCUGCAAUCUCACACCUGGCUGAGGUGGAGCUGUGUUUACUGAAUGCCUUGCAGCUGAGACUAUUUUUGAGGUUAGACUUUAGCAGCAGAAGGCAGUUGACAGGCACAAGAGGUGGUAGGGAACAGCGUGAUCACUGCCAACAUGCAGGCGGUCUCCGGAAAAAAUAAACAAAAGCUACUGUAGAAAGAAGAGCUGGGUCAUGGCCCACAGCAGGUCACAUCCUGGCUUCCUCAGCAUCUGAGAACUGGAGGAUGAAUGCUUUAAGGAUGACAGCUUAGCUACCUGGAGAAGGAAGAUGAUGGCGUGAAAGCAGCUCAUGCAAGGGCUGAUUCCACUCUGCAGACAUGAAUAUCCAACUGUAGUAGACAACUGUGUUCACACACAGAAAAUGGAAACCUACAUUAAAAAAAAAAAAAAAAAAAAAAAAAAAAAGAGAGAGAGAGACCACCUUGUCCUUGUGUUGUCCAGUGCUUCUUCCAAAAACGGCACAGGCAUUUUUUAUAUUUAUUGCUGGUUGUGUAAUAUUGAAAAUUACUACAGUUGCCAGCCUUACUCUGAGAUACACUGAGCAGCUCCAACUCUUGCUGUGGGUUACCAAGUCCACACAGGGUGGCAGAUGUCCAGUCUGCCAGGCUCAAGCUCCUGUUCGUGUUGCAUUUAAAAAGCACAGGGAUUUUGGUUUUUGUCGUGAAGUCACACAGAGCUCCGUGCUCCCUAACCUCCAGAUGGCACUCCCUCCCCAGGUAAGCCACUGAUGAGGACCCUGAGUUACAGCAGCAGCGUUGCACAAUUCCUGUCUAAUUUCAAAAGGCAUUAAAAUGGUUCCAGAUUCCCAACCCCACUCUGUGUGAACCCAGAGCAUCCCUCUCCCAGGGAGGCCCCGCAGGGCUGGCUAAGCACUGCACAUCUUAAUGCUUCAGCUCAGCACCGGCGUUGUUUCAGCUGACAUUCUCCCAGUUUUGGGCACAACAUGGAAGGCCUCAUCCUUAGGACAUGGGCCACCAACUGGAGUCUUGAGAAGCAAAGAUGGUAAUUGGAGUACUGGAAAAUGUGGCUUAGGAGGAAAGAUCAAACAGUCCAUUAUAGUUUAACUUGAAGAAAAAUGAGACUGGGAAAAGGACAGCAGUCUUUAGAUACAUACGUAGCUUGGGAGUGAGAAAAGUAGUAGUUUGUAUUUCGUGUUCAUGGCAACAAUAUUAAAAAUUAUAGUCUUAAAUUAUAGCUAGGAAAAUCAUGUUAGCUAUUACAGAAGCUGGUGGUAAGGUUAAUACAGUACUUGGUAAGGUUAAUACAGUACUGGAAUAGAUUCCCUGAGGAAUUUCCACCUUUGAAGGCUAAACACACCCACCCACCAAAAAGCAUAUUUGCCUGUUAGCGUAUAAACUGUGACUGUCUGAGGUAUUUUUCACCAAUUGUUUGACCUGUAACAACAGUUGUUGGAAUCAGAACAUGCUUUGAAAUAAUGUUUUCUUUUCCAAAACAUGUUGAAAAAGAAUAAAAAAUAAUAAUAUUUCAAUUAGUCCAGGUUGGAAUAGAUUGCAUCUCUACAACACAGAUUAACCACCUGAGUUUUUGAUGAGCGCACAUUUCUAUUUUUCUGCCUACUUGUACAGAGAACAUUUUUCACACAGCCCAGUUGUGCCUCUUUUAACCCCACAGUCCCACUGAAAUCCAUCCUUUAUUCGAAAAGCUUCAGUAGUGCUUCCCUGACUGCCACAUAAGAACACCUCUGAGAGAGCAAGUUCGUGCCUUUAUGUCACAUGUAGGAACAGCGACAACUAAUUUUAUUUCAACAAUUUCAUAGCCCUGAUUGUGCUGUCCUUACUCAGAUAAAGUACCCUCAUGUGGGUACUUGGGGUGAUUAUAGGUGCACAGCACAGGAAGACCCCAACCCAUCACCCAGCCCUGCACUCCUACGCACAUGGGCUCCUUUGCAGUCUUUUUCUUCAGUCUGAUAGAUCACAACAGGAAGGUCUGUAGGUAUAUCUGAAGUGGAGCCAAAAUAGGCAAGGAUUUCUGGCUUAAUCAUCAAUAGAAUACAAGUUUCCCAUAUGGACAGACAUGAUAAUCCACAUGGUAUAGCAACAUGCUGUAGAGUGGACACCUUAUUUUGUUCAACUAUUACACUUUCCUUUGAAAUUAAAAUUAUUUUUUGCUGUCACAGUGAUCCCUCCUCUGGUACCCAGCUAAAUGUUUUGAAGUUAGUUUACAUCUCUCUAUCAUGUACAGCACCUUCAGAAAACACAGUUUGGGAAUAGCCAAGCUCCUAAUCAAAAUCACCACAGAACUGUGAGCAGAAGACAAUGAACAGGCAUUCUCUAGACGUCAUUUUCUUCCCGAGUUCAACAGCAAUUCUCUUACUAUAAUUAACUUUGCCAACUAAUCCUUAUUUACAUAAGCAGAGUCUCUUACAAAGAAUUGAUGAGAUGACAGCAGCACUGAAACCUGUAAACAACCCGUGGAAAUUCAAUUUAUUAGAGAUUGUAUAGAUAUUAAACCGUGUUGUAAGCUUCUUGUAGAGAUCUUAUGAUGUAUCACUUGUGCUUCACAGCUUUGUAAGCUUUCUUUCCUUUUGCUGCCAGAUCUCAAACAAGAGAUUACACGUGUUUAGACAAUUCAUUUUCUGUAUUUCUUUCUGUUAAAGAGCACAAGUGGGUAGGAAUAUGAAUUUAAUUCUUGGGUUAGACACACUGCUUUCUCUUUUAAGGACUGUUAAUAUUAAUUCUAAGUGGGUGUAGAGAUGUUUCCAGUGCCUCCAACUUUUGCAUGAUCUCAUUUCAAGCUCUGCUCAUAAUAAAAAUGUGUGAAAUAUAUCAUAAUUUAUAACAAAACAUAUGUAAGUUCAUAUAAAUGUGUAUUUCUUAUACUUUUAGAAUAGUCUUUGUAUAUAGCUGCCAGGUGGCAUCUUAACUAUAAGGUUUUGUUUUAUAAGAUUAGAUUGAUGAUUCUGAUCAUGUUCCUUAGAAACUGAAUUUAAAACUGUUUCUUGACCUUUAAAUUAUUCUAAAGUAGUAGUUAAUGGGUUUUCCUAUAAAGAACAUCUCAUCGUGCAGUCAAAAUUACUGCAUGAACAGUUAAGCUUCCUACAACAGAGAAGGGAGAGAACAGAUACAUACGAACAGUUGGAUGGACAACAGAGGCCAGGGCCAGGCAUUACAUGUUGGUAUGUACUGUGCACGUACAUUGUUUGCCUUUUAUAAAGAACACUCUGUAAAAGAAUAUUUCUGAAUUAAAGUCCCACCUAAAGCAGA